ACUUCAACGACCGCAACAGAAGCCGCUCCAGACGUCUGCUAGUCCCUACCAACAACACCACCAGCUCCUCCACCAACAAUACCACUACAACCACCAGCUCCUCCACCAACCGCCGUUCACCUCAAAGAAGCACCAGCCUGUGCAAACCAAACCACCAUCGCCCCACAAUAACCCAACGACCACAACCAGAAAACCAAUCACCGACCCUAAAAUCCACCACCAGUCAUGAUCACCAGGAGAACCACCGAGUAGACGUCCUCACCCAGAGGACGAAGGAUGCCCUUCUGAAAGUCGAAAAAUUGAAGAUCAGGAGAGUGGUUUCUUCUAAGGUUACAAGUGGUGAAAAAAAGACUACGGUUGAGAGGAAGAGCCAGGUUGCUGCCAUGUGCGAGGUUGAGGAACAGAAACCUAUUUCCAUCCUGAAGAGGAAGAGUGGUACUUGUACGUUGCCUGUCACGUUUUCACCAGAAGUGGUUUUAGAGUCGGAGAAGUCCCAACAUGCAAGUCGUCAAGGUAUAUUGAAAAAACGUUUGUCGAUGGAAGAAGUCACAAAUAUUCAACAAUCGGAAACCAGAGGACGUCGGAGUUCUUUGGAUAUCACAGCCAGAUCUUCAGGACAUCAUCAUCAUCAUCAUCAUGGCAUUUUGAAGAGAAAAACCAGCAGGAGCGAGGAUGAAGACUUUAACUACACAGUUGAAGACUAUGCCGGAGAUUCACCACCUCACGGUAUUCUCAAAGGUGGUAUAUCCACAGAAGAUUGUUGUGGAGUGAUGCGUCCAAUUUUAAAAAGGAGAAGCCACUCCGAAGACCACAGGGAUAAAUCCAGGGAUUCUUCGCCUGAACCCCAUCAUGGAAUUUUGAAAAAAGCCAGUGACCAUUCAGGGGGCUUAUCCUACUCCGAAGGUUGUCUCCAGUACCAGCUCAACCAAUCCUUCGACCCGGUCAAACCAAUUUUGAAAAAAAAGAGUCUAAGCGAAGAAAGUGCUGCAGCUUCAUCUUUAGACCUGGAAGCCCCACGUCCGAUAUUAAAAAAAAAAUCGUCCACCGAAAGUGACGAGGCUGAUGAGUACAACAAACCGAGGAAGCCUAUUUUGAAGUCCAGGAACUCGUCCAGGAGGGAUUCUCCAAAAAGGGGAUUUGUUGAAGGUGCAGCUCUUCCACAGGAUCUUGCUGCAGCUUUAAAUGAAGUUGUCCAGAGACGAAGUACUGGAGGAAGUGGUUCGACAAAUUUGCAGAGAACAAAAUCUGCUGCUGCUGCUGAUUCUGAGUUGGCGAGCAUUUUGAUGAAGAGACGGAGCAUGACUGAUGAUCAAGGGCCUUUGAUUGCUGUCGACAACCACAACCAUCAAAACUUAGACAACGAGACAUCUACAUCCAGAAAUAACUCAUCGUCUCCUACACCAGUUACUGAAAGUAUUGCUGAAAGGAUCUCCAGGUUAGUCGGAGGAGCUUCUAGUGGUUUGGAAAAUGGGUCAGGUGGUGCUGUUCCUAGAAGAAGGGCUGCUGAUAGGUUCAGGACACAACCUGUUACCUUUAACGAGAUGGUGGCAUUAAACGA